GCUAGAAGGCAUUCUGACGAGCCAUCCCGCGUAUUACCAGGCCACAUGUGCUCCUAGGUGCCGAGCUCGGGAGGUGGCGAUGAUCGGAAUUCACUAGGGGAUGGUGUCCCUACUGUAUCCAUCCACUUAGCGCGAUGGAGUGCUUUGGACCGCAAUGGCUCGGACAUCCGACGCCUCUGGGCGCGCAUGAAACAGUUUAUAAGAUCGCCAUCCAGAGGUUGUCAUUGCUGUCCUCCACCGUUUGCAUCGCGAUAGCACCCAGCCAUGGCUGUCAAACAUGAGAUCACCCUCUAUGACGUUCGAUGUACAUUGGAUCCCCCCGCAUGGUCUCCUAAUGUCUGGAGAAUACGCUUCGUCCUCAACUACAAACGACUCCCGUAUACCACCUGCUGGUUGUCAUAUCCAGAUAUCGGCGAUGUUCUCUCCGCUGUAGGAGUCCCCCCGACUCGCACUCAGAAGCCGUUUUACACGGUCCCCUCCAUCGUGGACCAGAUGGAUGGCCUACACGUAGCCCUCUCGGACUCAGCGAACAUCGCCAUGUAUCUCGAGAAGACGCAUCCUCUGCCGUCGAUUUUCCCCGAUGCUGACCCUGGUGUACAACUCGACUAUAUCGACUUCAUGGAAGAACACGUCUAUACCCCUAUGAUUUUCAUGACAGUCCCUAGUACAACGCGAAUCCUGGAAGGUCGCGAUCUCGAAUAUUAUAUGGCAAGCCGGAAAGGUUUCCUAGGCGUCGCAUUGGAAGACAUGUUCCCUCCCCAUAAGCAGCCAGCAAUCUGGCGGAGUUUGGAGGAAGGUCUGGAUAAGCUAGCCUCACUCAUCGACAACCUGCCGCGUCGUGGUAGACAGCGGCGCUGGCUGUUUAGCGUGACCGAAGGUCCGGGUUAUGCGGACUUCGUUCUCGGGGCCAUCUUCUGUUGGUUCGAGAAGGCAGGUCCAAAGGGAGCCUGGAGUCGGAUCCGAUAUCGUAACGGCGGGAAGUGGGAUCAUCUGGUAGAAGAACUGCAACCUUUCUCGAAGGUGAUGUAAUGUACGUGUGCGGCGUAGCGCACUGGAUUGAACUACAUAACUUGUAUGUCAGCAUCAGCGUGUAAAGGGCC